AGAACAACAACAAAAAAGACAUUUCACAGCUUCUGUUUUCUGCCGCAAACGCCACGAGAAGGGGUGUCGGUGCCCUGCCCUCUGCCGCUCAUCUCAGUAGCUGCCAGCUCCUCAAUUCCACUCUUCAUCGUGUCACCUCAUAAGCUUGGAAUCAAUAUCGAUCUCCUUUUUUUUUUUUUUUGUGCGUUUCAAUCUCUCUCUCAUAAAAUUCCAUUUCAGUUGCCCGCCGGACCUGUCCAUCUGGUCGCCGACUCCAGAAAUGAAUCCCGAGUAUGACUAUCUGUUCAAGCUCUUGCUUAUCGGGGACUCUGGAGUUGGCAAGUCAUGUCUCCUUCUCAGAUUUGCGGAUGAUUCGUAUCUGGAAAGUUACAUUAGCACAAUUGGUGUAGACUUUGUGAGUAUGCUUUGCAGUUCUGAGUUCUUGAAAAUGAAAUUUUCCCAGUGGGACACUGCUGGCCAGGAAAGGUUCAGGACAAUUACUAGCAGCUACUAUAGGGGAGCACAUGGCAUUAUCAUAGUUUAUGAUGUGACGGAUGAGGAAAGUUUCAAUAACGUUAAGCAGUGGUUGAGUGAAAUUGACCGCUAUGCAAGUGAAAAUGUAAACAAGCUCUUGGUUGGGAACAAGUCUGAUCUCACUGCUAACAGAGUUGUGUCUUAUGAAACUGCCAAGGCAUUUGCAGAUGAAAUUGGCAUUCCUUUCAUGGAGACUAGUGCAAAAAGUUCAACCAAUGUUGAGGAGGCUUUUAUGGCAAUGUCUGCUGACAUUAAGAAGAGAAUGGCAAGUCAGCCAGCAUCAAAUGCUGGAAAGCCAUCAAUCGUGCAGAUACGUGGACAGCCAGUUGACCAGAAGUCUGGUUGCUGUUCGUCUUAGUUCGCAUUUGGUCGGCGACUGGCAACAACACCAAAUGUGCAGGAUUGGCUUCUUACUAGUAGUAGCCUUGAUCAUAAUCCAUUCCCUAUAUUAGUCCAUCACAAAAUUAUCUCUUUUCUGUUCAUCUAAACACGUCUGCUGUUUGGUCGUCCUGCGUCUUGUUCCUUGUUCUUGUUCAUGUUCCCUUUUCUUUUUGUUUGGGUCUAACUGUGAAGGCCAUGUACAAAGUGAUGCGUAACCCAAAGUGAUGCGUAACCCAAAAGCUUCAGUAAUGGCAUUGUUCUUUUAUGUCAAAAGCCUUCCAUGCUCAACAUUUGGUAGCUUUCUCAAUCUCAUCAGACAUUUCAUUGCAUCACGCCAGAACUAUUAAAGUUUCCGUUGAAUGCAAAAACGUUAUUGGAAAAACUAACCUAUAUAUACUUUACUCCUACAUGCCACUCUAUUCCUACUACUGUCAAAAACUAAGAAAAGAAUGAAAAAAUUUAGGUGCCUUCCCAUUCAUUGUACACUAAUUGCUCCAGGGGGACGAGAUGGGAUAUCUGCUGCUGCUGCUGCUCCUUGUGACGAGGCUGACUCAGAAGAUGACUCUCCAACUUUCAGCUCCAGCUUCAGGGGAUCUUGCUUCUUACUUGGCGAAGCUGACGAAACCUGCUGCGAGUGUGCAAAACUCGACCUUGGCCAUGGUAUUCCUGAAGGGUGAGCCACGACAGGCAAACAACCUGGAAAAACUGGAGGGGUAUAGUAAACCAAACUCGGGUGGCACAUGAAGUUCUGCACAACAGGUUUGGAAGCCAGAAAGUCCUGCAUACAUAUUAGAGAUGUCAAACUCAGCAGAAUGGGUUGAAUCAUGUUUCAGUGUUGAAUCAGGUACUCAAUCAAAAUCCUUGCCAUGUAAGGACCCGGAUGGAAACUGGAAAAGCGAGCACUGGUGGUUGUGGCUGGUUGAAACUUGGGAUAACUCUCUAUGCCCAGAUGUGGAAAUCUGUUGUUGUUGUUGCUGUUGGCAAUCCGAGUUGAAGGUGGCGUUGGCAAUGGCAGUAGGGUUUCGGUUACCUUCUCGUUCUCGGAUUGCGGAACACUUGCCUGUUGGAUAGAGUACGUUCUUGGUGUCUUGAUUACUGGAGCCAAAUCCUGAGACCCCAAAACCUGCGUAUGAUGGUGAAGAAGGUGAUAUCGAUGAGGAAGAAGAAACAGCGUCGAGGGUCAUGUCGAAGAGGCUGGAUCUCCUCUUCCUUUUGUCGAUCGAAGACCGUCUCAGGAAAUACUUCUGUGCAUGACUCGCAACCUGCGUCGGAGUUCUGGUCGUCACAAACUUCUUGGAGAUCCCUCUCCAGUCCCCUUUCCCAAGCUUUCUCAAUCCCGCCAGAAACACCCUGUGCUCUUCCUCCGUCCAUGGCUUCCCUUUCUUCCUUUCGUGAGCGGCCGCCUUGCCACGCUUGGAACUGAGGUAUCCGUCGGACAGAUACCCUGCCUCCUCCACCACCGCAUUUUGGCCAACGGAGCCGUUGAUCCAUGAGUCCAGAUUCCCCAUGCUGGCGCUUUUCUUCAUCAUCAACGUCGGCUGAUGUUCCGGUGCAGCCAACUUCUCGACGAUGUUGACGCCGAACAGCUUGAUUCCGGCGGCAGGUGGCUUGGCAGCGUUGCACGUCCUGGAGUUGUGGCCAUUGUGGCCGCAGUGCGAACACUUCCUCG